GGGGUUUGGUUAUAUGCUCGCCCUCCCGCCUCGGAUAACUUUAAACCCCCGUGCUACCAAAGUCCCUCCUCUCCUCUGGCUGCUGCAUUAAACACACGCACACACAAAAGAGAGAGAGAGAGAGAGGAGGGGGUGAAACUCGGAAAAAUAAAACAACAGCCGGCUUCUUGUGAGCUGUGUGUGGGGAAAGCAGGACACACAUUACACACACGCACGCGCGCGCACGAGAAAAAGAGAGAAGCUUGAUUUGAUAGCUGCGAUUGUGUUUUUUUAGCAAGGAGGGUCUGUGUGUGUGUGUAGGAGGGAGGGUGUACGACUGAACAGCUCCUGUCUCCUCCUCCUGCAUGAGGGCUGCGCUUAAGGCACCGCUGGCAGGGUGAGAGGCGAUCGGACGCGACCCACAAAAAGCAAAUCCAAGAGCAACAUCGUCAUCUCUCUCUCUCUCUGCUUCUGCUCUGCUCCACACCGAGAAACGCGGCUGCCAGAUUCAUCUGCGUAGCCGUCCACGCAGGGUGGUUGAACAAGCCGAUCAAGUCGAGGCGCUUUACUGCGAGGGAUCGAUCUAGUCGGCGAUCAUGGAGAAGAAGAAGAUGAUGCUUCUUCUGUUCCUGUCAUUUGUGGCGCUCGCUAAAAGUGAAAUGGCGAUGCCCUCGACGGAGAAGUUCUACGAGGAUCUGUUGGACGAAUACGAUUUCUCCGGCUCGGGCUUCAGCACAGACGACGAGGGAGGAGAUGAAGGCGAGCUCUACUCCGGCUCAGGUGAUUUAUCGGAGCAAGACCAGGGCUGGAACGUGCACACACCUCACAAGGGCGAGAAGAUGGUGACCAACCCGACCAUGGUUUUGCCAACAACGACGCAGAACACAGUAAAGCUGCUGGUCGGGGAGUCGGCCGAGGACUAUCCUGAGGAGAGCGGCUCCGCUGGAGAGACCGGGACGGAGACGCCCUCUGACCCCUGGAUCCAGCGUGGCCUGGCACCAGAGGGCAGCUCCCCCUACGACGUUUCUGCUCACAAGAUCCCACGGCGCAAGCCUCCUGGACCGCACGGAAGUUCUGGCCGCCAUCAUCGCCGGAGGCGCAGUGGGCCUCCUCUUCGCCGUCUUCCUCAUCCUCUUCCUGGUGUACCGCAUGCGGAAGAAGGAGGCCGGCAGCUUCUCGGUGGCCGGACCGCUACCCUACAAGACCAACCUGGCGUACCAAAAGGCCCCCAACGAUGAGGGCCCAAUGUAGUUCCUUGGGCCCAGCAGUGAGGGCCACCAGCUCCUCCCCAACCCCAAGCAAUGCACGACAUGCACCAACGCCUGCCCAGAAGGGCCAGCCCAGCCAUGGAACCAUUAACUUAUUUAAUUAAAUUGAAGAGAGGUAAUUUAGCGUACGUGAGCGAUUUGAUAUUUACCCUUUGCAUCUACAGUAUGUGUAAACAUAUGUUUGGCUUGGUCAGGAGGUCAUCUUGGCCACUGCUAGUGAUGCUACCACACCAUUACCAUCGCUUCCUUAUGCUAGAUCCCUCAGCUUUUGAGCAGUUGACCUGACACCAGACCUUAAAGGUCGUCUGCAGUGGGAACAGGGAUUAAGAACAACACGUGGUGUCAUAAAAACAAAUACUGUGCGUCGAAAGUUAAUAGAGAACUUGAUGACAUUUUAAUUCUAAUCUGGUUUCUCAGGUGUCUGUAGAUGAAAGGGUUAAGUGAUGAACACUGUGGCAUAUUUUAAUGCCAUUGGCAUUUCGAUUCGUGUUGUUCAUGUGCAAGAACUCCAAACAACUGAUACCAAUUUUGUUAAAUUAAGUUAGUGCUUCCAUACAUUUACUUUGACCCUGUAAAUCUAGAAAAAAAGCUGGCAGACUUUUUCAAUGUGUCAGUGAUUGUUUGCCUUUGGUUAUUUCUUGCUGUGCAGCUUAUUAUGCUAGGUGUUAAACUCAAGCAGCAGUGAUCAUGUUUUUUUCUCAUCCGGCUAUAACAGAUGUGAUAUUUGGCAAACCGUGCUUUAUUUUUUGUACAAAAUAACAAAAAAUAAAAAAAAUGUUGCAUAUAGGCCACACGCCAGUAUAAGCCAGGCAUUGCUAGUUCAUUUGAGUGAUAUAUAUAUGUUUAGGUUUGAUAUUUUUCCUUCUUUCCGGUGAAUACUUAAGAAAAACACUCGCGUUUUAAAACGGUUUAAUUUAGUUCCGUUCACUUUUAAUGAAAUUGCUUCUUCAUGUUGUUGGUGUGCCAUCACACCGGGCCAAACAUUAGGCUUGUUUAUAUAAACAAAUUCACCACCACGAAGUAGUGACGCGUGUGGUAUUUUGCCCGUGCCUUUCAGCGAGACUGAGCUUCGGUCCCUCUUUACGUUUAGUCCUGGAGGGCAGUGCCGUAGGGAGCAUACGCAGUUGUCCUGUACUUCUCUGCUACCACAAGCAUAACAAGAAUUCAGACUUAACUACAAUCUGUGCUCCACGCACGCGCCGACCCGUGGUCAAGUAUGGUCAAAUAACCCCCAUAACCGCACGGUGUGGGCUCGCCCCGAUCUCGCAGUGGAUUCACACGAAAGGCUGUAACGUGUUGUCCCACUCGUCCCCACCCUCACCCACUGCCGUCUGUUGAAAUCGGCACCUCCGACUAGCGCAGUCGGCUACGUACGGUGCGAAAGAAGUUCAACUUAAUACGUGAUAUCCACGCCGCCUAAAACUCACCAGCGUGUGGUGGCAUAAAUGACUGCAAGGAGUUUAGGUAUCUAUUAUGUAAUUUAAAUACGUGUGCAUCUUUUAAGCGUGUCUUUUGUUUUCAGUGUGCUUCACAGUUAGCUGGCUGCACCAGAGGAUACAAUUGAUGAAUCGUGUUCUUUCUUUAAUAUGCCAACCGUGCUGUUUUAAUCAGGAUGAUGCUAUAUAUUGUUUUUCUCUUCGUGCUAUUCAGAUGCUCAUAUCGUGAGAGUUUCUAGCGAUGUUUUUGAACGCGUAAAUCUCUCGGCUACUGCCCGGUAUUGGCCGCACACCUUUAUGCACAUUCCGUCGCAAGAUGCGUCCUCAUUUGUUGCUUUCUUGAAGUCCUAUUUGCAACAACAACAAAAACAUCUCAUAUAUUUUUUUCUCAUGUGAUUGUUAUUUAAUCCUAAACAAUCAUUUAAAAUAUCAAAUUAAUAGAAUGCUCACAUUUAUUUUAAGAAAAAAAGUCUGUUUUAUCAAGCAUAUUAAAUGCAUUUAUUAUACUGUAAGGGUUUAAACAAUAGAGAACUUCGUAUUCACUUAAGCUCUGUUUUGCCUGCUUUGCUGUCAAUACGUUUCUCAAUUUAGUUAAACUUCAUUGGCUUAAAAUGAUUGUUUUUUUUCUCCCAAUUCAUGCAAUUUGCAAAAAAAGACGACUGUUCACGUGGUAUCACAAUUGUAAGUGCUGUUGACAAUGCUGUACUGCGGGGUUUGUUUUAAACAUUCACAGGUGGUAGUAGUAGCCGUAGUAGUUGUCACAAUCGUUCUUUUUAGGUCUUUGAUUCACAUUAUUGCUAUUUAUACAGUUUAUAAAAAAAAAUCUGGCAUGGUUUUCCUGCACAAGAGGUAAUAUAAUUUUGUGUAUUAAUUAUGAUUUGCCCAUUCAGUGGGCCCUGCCAAAGCUUUUCUUCGUGCUUUUUCAAAUGAAAUGCGUCUCUUACUUGCUUUUACAAUGAACUUUUCCGCUAUUGCUGACCUUCCUUCUGAUGCUAUAUUUCUCCCUUAAUGCAAAAAUGAAACGUCACUUGCGAUUAUAGGUUUUCUUGUUAUUAUCAUCAUCAUAAUUAUUAGGGCUUAAUUUCUCACUGAAUAUUGUCUGGUUCGCUGGCAGGCUGGAACAGUCGGCUCUGUGACUCAUAGCAAGAGGUAUUAUAGAUGUGGUGUUGAUGGGUGCUCGAAAUAUUUUCGGGUUUGCCAACCCAGACAGGACCUGGCAGAAAUUAAACCCUCAUCAUCAGCAUCAUCACUAUGGCGCUUUUGAUCUCAGAAUAAUUGGCAAUCACCAAUACAACAAUUCUGGAUAUUUGCUUAUGAAAGGUCAUUUGAAAAAAAUAACCUUAUGAUAAGCAUAUGCAAUGUUAGUAUGGCUUUCCUUCUGUAUUGAUUAUAUUGUUCAGUUGAGGUAUCUUUCCAAGGCUCUACAAAGGGGCAAUCCAUUUAAUACAUACGCAAAAAUCUAUCAAAACUUGACCCCUCUCCCCCCCCUCCCUGUACAAUUAUUAUCGAGGCUUCCUAUGCGUACAUUGUCAGUAUACCCCCCAUACGCCAGUGUACGCAUUUGGGUUAACCCCCCCUCCAUGCGUACGUACUAAAUGGAUGGCCCCUAAGCGGUUACUUUAUGGACAUCGACACACUGUAAUAUUCACAUUAUGUAGGCAGUAACUCAGGCUAAGUGCAUCGUGAACUUCCAUCAAUAACGAAAUCUGUUUUUUUUUCUUUCCAUACGCAUUAUUUCAUUUUAAUUAGAAAAAAAACACCAGGCUUUAAAACAAAGGUAAUAUAAUAUCCAUGUUUAAACAUAAAGUAAAAAAAAAGCUAAUCAUUCGGCGUUCACUAUAACAUGUUAUAAUUAGAAUAAAGCAUUGUAUAUAGAGGGGGAUACAUCUGCAUACCGUCUGAGCUAACUACUACUCGCAAAAUUAAAGUGCUUUCGUUCUUUAUGGGGACUCGGAUAAAGACGACGUUGCGUUGUACUGUAACUGUUAUAAACAUAAUCGUGUACUGUGUUCUGUAUUUGUUUUUCAAAUAAAAUGGACGAUGCUGUUGUCCAGAGUGGCCACGUG